AUGGCGGAUGAUUUCAGCCUCGCAAGGGAGGGGUCGCAAGAUGUUGCGAUGGCGGAUGCCGACUCAGGCACAAUGGCUGGUAACGGGGCCAACGGCGAUGCAGGUAUCCUAAGGUCGGUUGAGCAACCAUCUGGUUCUCACAACUCGUUCUCAUUCGAGAUCAAACCAGACCCAGAUUCUGCGAGCAAACCGCCUUCGUCUUCACCCUUGUCCGCCAAAAUGGCGAAACCCGUGCUGAAGAAGGGGACAGCGUCCACCAAGAAGAAGCCAAAGUCCGCCAAGUCGAAGUCUUCGAAGAAAGACUCUGCAACUGGGAAUGGCCUGGCUGAUGGCAACGACAGCUCAGAUGGCGAUGAGAUCGACAACGGCCCUUAUUGCCUUUGCCGCGGCCCCGACGACCACAGAUGGAUGAUAAGUUGCGACGCCUGUGAGGAUUGGUUCCAUGGAGAGUGCAUAAAUAUCGAUAAGGAGCUAGGGGAAAAGCUCAUUGAGCGUUUUGUUUGUCCUAACUGCACGGAUGGAAAACUAAACUACACCAAAUACAAAAAGACGUGUUCGCUGGCCGGCUGCACGAACCCGGCUCGCCUCUACAGCAUGAAAGAUAGGUCGGUCUUCUGCUGCAACGAACAUUGCGAUGCCUGGUGGUCAUCCAUGAUCGGAUCUUUACCCACGAAGUCAGCCUCGAAAAAGGCGCUGGAGGUCUUAACCCAAGAAGACUUUAUGGGUCUCCUCGCCUCUACUGCCGAUCAAGGGGGUUGGAAGAUAGGCGAUAAGCCCUUUGGCAAUCUAGAGGGUCUCUGGGCAAAUGGCCUGCCAACUCGUCCUGAUGUUCUCAGCGAAGUAGAGCAGGCGUUCUUGCAAGGCUCUGCUGCUGAGCGUCUUGCACUCGGCAACGAGAUCGUGCAAUAUAAGAAGAUGAUGCAAAUGCUGGACUGGGCUUCUCAGCGUCGUCAGAGUGCUAUAGAGGCGGGCAAGUUCACCAAAGAUAGCUGUGGCUACGAUUACCGCCUCGAUGUUAUUUCUGUACGCCACGCCUUCGCUGCUUGGGUCGACUCGCCGGAGGGCCAAGCAACUUUUACGACAGGUAAACUGGACACGCCUGUAGAACCAGGCGACGGUGAACCCCUGACUCGAGGUACAUGCGAGAAGAAGCGAUGCAAAGCUCACAACGGAUGGUAUAAGAUACUCACGAGUGCGGUUCGGAACCAGGUUAAGGAGACGGCGACGGCCGCAGCUGGUAAAUUGGAGGCUGAGGAGGUUCUUCGGCAGGAGGCCGAGACACGAUUUGAAAGACGUCAACUGGAGAACAACUGGGUUGAAGUUCUCGAUUAG